AGCCUGCAACAGACGACCAGUGACACAGUCAAUGAUCUGAGCCUAGCCACAGCUGCGUAAGAAAAUAAAGCAUCUUAUAUUUGGUGGAUUGUGUUGAAGCUGCUGUGAAGCCAAUAUUUCUCCACCCCUGUACCUGGAACAAACCCCUCUAUCCAUUCCAGUCCUGUGUGUUCUGCCGGGGAUCAAAGAGAGAUCUGCAAAAGCUGAACUUUUACUCUUCACCUUCUUUCAACCACAUCUUCUAUGUAUAAACCUGAAUUCCAAAGCUAUAUUGGUCAAGCUGGCGAAAUUUGAGCCUUACUUAUCCAAUACUCCUCUUUGCUAAACAGUUACGAUUCUCCGCUUUGAGGUGACCAGCCCCAUUGAAGAGCACUACACUAGGCUUGAGCUGUCUCAAUCAACUGAAGAAGAUGGGGAGUGAGGGAACAAGCAGCAAUCUUGGACCUUUGCAGGUGGGGGUCCACAUCGUUGUGCUGGUGUGUUUGUUGAGGCAAUCUCAGGGCCGCACUGGGAUAACAACAGGCCAGAUACCAAGACUGGAAAUCCCAUCUCACCACGGAGCAAACCUGACAGAUCAGAUAUAUGUUCACAAGCAGCCACCCAUGGUCUUUAAUCAUAUUUACAACUUUAAUGCACCCAUGGGUUUUCCUUGUCCUAUGGAACCAGAAUCUCCUGAAGAUGGAAGUUGGGUAACUCAGCAGACACUAAAUACACCAGAGGCAGAGAGUCAAAUAACUUUCACACACAGUAUCCGCGUCCCACAGAGGUUGUGUCAGUGCUACACUGCUCCACAGACGGUACAGCAUCUGCUGAGCAGGAUAGAAGCUCUGGAGCGAGAGGUCUUAAUGCUCAGGGAGCAAUGCAAUGAGAGGGGAUGUCAGGAUGCCGAGGCCACAGGUCUCACAGAAUUUGCACCUCCUUGCAGUGGACAUGGGAAUUUCAGCAUGGACUCUUGUGUGUGCAGCCCAGGCUGGGGUGGAGAAAAUUGCUCAGAGCCUCUGUGCCCUCUGGGUUGCUCAGGACAUGGAACCUGUAUAGACGGAAUCUGUGUGUGUGAGCCAGAUUAUACUGGGGAAUGGUGCACAGAACCCCUUUGCCCUGAGGAGUGCAGUCCACAUGGGCAGUGCCAGGAUGGGCAAUGUUUGUGCCAAGAGCCAUAUACCGGUGUGGGCUGUGCAGAACUAAGGUGCCCAGGAGACUGUUUGGGAAAAGGACGUUGUGCCAAUGGGACUUGUGUAUGCCAAGAUGGCUUUGCUGGGGAAGACUGUGGGCGCAUGUGGUGUGUAAACGCCUGCAGUGGCCGAGGACUGUGCCAGGAUGGAGUCUGUGAGUGCGAGGAGGGAUACACCGGACAAGAUUGCUCUGAAGUUGCCCCGCCAGUUGAUUUGAGUGUGACAGCUAUCAGUGACCAAUGGAUUGACUUGGCAUGGGAUGGAAACUCUGCAGUGACCGAAUAUGUCAUCUCAUACCAGCCAGCAGCACCAGGAGAGUGGGGAACCCAACAGCGGCUCCAGCAGAGGGUACCCGGGGACUGGAGUGCCGUUACUUUAAGGGAGCUGGAGCCUGGUGUGACGUAUAAUAUCAGUGUCUGCUCAGUCAUCAGUGACACUACCAGUGAGCCAGCCAGCAUCACUACUUCCACAAAUAUUUCCCCACCACAAGGUCUGCAAUUUAAGGAGGUCACACAGACGUCGGUAGAGGUUUACUGGGACGUACCUACAUUCUCGCUGGAUGGCUGGGAGAUUAGCUUCACUCCCAAGAAUAACGAGGGGGCUCUGAUAGCCCAGCUACCUAGCAGUGUUACUUCCUUCAACCAGACUGGGCUUAAACCAGGAGAGGAUUACACAGUCAGUAUCAUUUCACUGAAGGAGCAGGCGCGCAGCCCACCUACAUCUGGCAGUGUGUCUACAGCUAUAGAUGGACCUACCAAUAUCUUAGUACGAGAUGUUUCAGACACGGUAGCAUUUGUGGAAUGGACGCCAGCUAGAGCAAGACUAGACUUCAUCCAACUGCAAUAUGGACCAGUUAAUGGAGAAGGGGAACGGACCACAUUCCGUCUGCAACCACCCUUGAGUCAAAAUUCCAUGCAGGUUCUCCGUCCUGGAUCUCAGUACAAGGUGUCUGUUCGAGGAGUCCGAGGGGAGAAUCAGAGUAACCCAGUCAGUGCUUACUUUACUACAGAACUUGAUGCCCCAAAGAAUCUGCGAGUGACAUCUCGAGCCUCAUCUACUUUGGAACUAGAGUGGGAUAAUAGCGAGGCAGAAGGUGAUAGGUACCACGUUGUCUACAGCACGUUAGCUGGAGAUCAGUACCAUGAACUCAGGGUGCCAAGAAACAAUGGUCAGACCACCAGAGCCACACUUACUGAUCUGAUUCCUGGAACCGAAUACGGUAUAGGAAUUUCUGCAGUCCGAGAUAAUCUACAGAGCGCCCCAGCAACUAUGAAUGCUCGCACUGAGUUGGACAGCCCAAGUGAUCUGAUUGUGACCGGAUCCACAGACAAGAGCAUUUCUCUGGUAUGGACAAAGGUUCAAGGGCCUAUCGAUCAUUACCGUAUCACUUUCACCCAGUCAUCUGGCAUGGCUUCUGAAAUAACAGUACCCCAAGAGACUUCACAAUAUGAACUUACUGACCUUGAGCCAGGAACAGAAUAUACCAUCUCUGUCACUGCUGAGAGAGGACGACAGCAGAGCAGGGAGACAACGGUGGAUGCGUAUACUGGUUUCCGUCCGAUCACACAGCUUCAUUUCUCUGGAAUCACUGCAUUUGGUGUAAAUGUGUCAUGGUUGGACCCAUCACCUCCGGCUGAUAGAUUUAUCCUAAGCUACAUGCCCAUUGGAGGCAGGGAUCCUAUUCAACUGUCCCUGGAUGCCUCUAUGCGGCAAACUAGACUAACAGAUCUGGAGCCAAGCACAGAAUAUUUGGUCACCCUCCUACCUAUCCAUGGAACACUCAGAGCAGAGCUUGUGGAAGGAACAGUUACGACUGGAGUGGGCCCUCCAAUGGAUAUCUCUAUAGCAAACGUAUCAGACAACUCAAUGACUGUGGCCUGGCAGCCACCAACUUCCUCUUUUCACCAUUUUCGACUUUCCUACCAGUCUGUUAAAGGGAGAAUGGACAGUGUGGUGAUUGGAAAUGAGCAGACUCAAUACACGCUGACAAAUCUUCUUCCAAAUACUGAAUACCGGAUUAGUCUAAGCAGUGUUUGGGGGCGUGAGGAGAGUGAGAGAGUUACCAUCAAUUCAGAGACAGCCGUGGAUCCCCCACUAGGAUUGAGGGUCAGUAAUAUCACUUGUUCGGAAGCUGUAUUGCAUUGGGAGCCACCUCAGACAGAUGUGGAGAGCUAUAUCGUCUUAUUGACUCACCACUCAGGGUCAGGGGAGACUAUUUUGGUAGACGGAGAGAAUCAAGAGUUUCAGCUGAAGAACCUGAUCCCUUUCACAAACUACUCAGUCACAUUAUCGGCCAGUAUUGGACCCCAGACCAGUCAAGCUAUUAGUGUCAGCUUCAGCACACAUCUGGAUCCACCUAGAAAUUUCACAGCUUCAGAGGUGUCAAGAACAAGUGCUCUGAUCUCCUGGCAACCACCGAUCACAGCUAUUGAAAACUAUAUUCUGGCAUAUAAAUCAGCCAACGAGAGCCGCCAUGAGCUGAUUGUAGAUGCUGAGGACAGCUGGAUUCGUCUUGAGGGAUUGCUGGAAAGCACUGAAUACACUGUGACCAUUCUGUCAGUGCAAGAGGAGAGCAAAAGCUCUGCCAUUUACACUGUGUUCACUACAGGAGGGAGGAUAUUUGCUUACCCACAAGAUUGCGCCCAGCAUCUGUUAAAUGGCGACACUCAGAGCGGAGUGUAUAAUAUCUACAUAAAUGGGGAUCAGAGCCAGAGUGUUGCAGUAUACUGCGACAUGAGCACAGAUGGGGGAGGCUGGAUAGUGUUUCAGAGACGGCAGAAUGGGCUGACAGAUUUCUUCCGCAAAUGGGCAGAUUAUCGCAUGGGUUUUGGAAAUCUUGAAGAUGAGUUUUGGCUGGGGCUGGACACACUGCAUCUGCUGACCUCUCAGGGCCGUUAUGAGCUUCGAAUUGAUAUGCGUGAUGGGCAGGAGUCUGUUUACGCAUAUUAUAACAAGUUCAGCAUUGGGGAUGCACGUAGUAUGUACAAGCUGAGAAUUGGAGAUUAUAAUGGGACCUCAGGAGACUCCCUCACCUACCACCAGGGACGACCAUUUUCUACCAAGGACAGAGACAAUGAUGUUGCUGUGACAAACUGUGCUUCGUCUUAUAAAGGAGCUUGGUGGUUUAAGAACUGUCAUCGUACCAAUCUGAAUGGCAAAUACGGAGAGUCCCGGCACAGUCAGGGGAUUAACUGGUAUCACUGGAAGGGUCAUGAAUUUUCCAUCCCUUUUGUGGAAAUGAAGAUGCGACCAUUUAAUCACCGCUCCAUGAAAAAGAGAUCCCUUCCUCUCUGAGCUCAUAUUUCUCCUAUGAACAUCUGUCUAUUGCUGUUCUUGUUCAAAUUUACCUGCAGAGAAUUUAAUUCACCAAUCACCCAUUUUAAUCCUUCAUAUACCUUUCAACUAUUUGCAUCUAUUUCAACAUUCUUACCUCCACUGACUUUUAUUUGUUCCCUCUGUUUUGCAACACAACCCUUUUACUUCAGACUCAAAAUCAUUCUUUCAAGAGAUCACCCACCCUUUUCAUUUUUUACUGACCCUUUAUUACACAGUCCUGUUUUUUCUUCCUGUGUCCUCUAAUAACCUAUAUUCAUGCCACCAAUUCUGGUAAAUUUUCCCUCUCUAUACAGGAUUGGUGUAGUUUUAACCUUCCUUCAUCCAGCCCUAUAUGGAACCAGCACUACCCCCUUUGUGCCAAGAGAUCUAAUAUUCUCUGAAUAUUAAUGAUCUCUCCAAAAUAUGGUGUGCCAAACCCUACCCCCUCUCCUUUCAGCUCCAGAUUCUUUUGUCCAAUGGAGAUCUCUUUGUACAGUUAAAUACCUUUUAAAGGGAGGGGCUUACCCACUUAGCACUGAAGACACAGCACCCCAGGACUCAUUAACCCAUUCUUCUGUUCCCUAGACUCUUUGAAUAGGAUCAUAUAAUUCCCUUUAGUUGAUGGAUUUUGAACUGCUGGAUUGGUCAAAACUGUAACCUAUGACCUUAUAGUGUACAGGUUAAUUGAAAUGAUUUGCCAUCUGCUAAAUAUUUAUCCUAAUGAUAUCAACAUUUUUGUGUUAAGUGUUUCUUUCAGACCGAAUACAUUUUGAUCCCAGUGAAAACAUCAUUACCUAAACAGACUGGUUAUAAAUGCUUAGCAAUAAGUCACCUUAUAAGUUGAGAUACCAGUGGUAUGAUAGCAUACAUUAUUAUCCACUGAUAGGUCACCUUUAUUAGUGACUGAUUGUUUUAAGGGCAAGGGGGCCAAAGUACGCAGAUACUAACUGCCAUACAGAAGUCGCCUGAGAGAGGUGCCUGUGAAAGGGUUAACAACCCUCUUUAAUCUUGUAUCUCUAGUCCUGGAUGCUGUUAGCUGAUGUAUAGAUCCUUUUUUUAAUGCAUUUUCUAUACGUUAUUAAAAGAUUCCUAUGGGAA